AUGGAGGAAGACGAGGGGAGCGAGCUCGGCGCCAUGUUCUGGUCACCGGAGGCGAAGCGGCGGUUCCUGCGGGACAUCGUCGUCAGCUUCGUGCUCGCCGGGAAGGACACCACGUCCUCCGCGCUCACAUGGUUCUUCUGGCUCCUCGCCGCCAACCCGCGCUGCGAGCGGCGCGUGUACGAGGAGGCGGCGUCGCUCUCGCUCCACGGACACGGAGACGGAGACAACCACGGCGUCGACGACGACGACGGCGGCGGCUACGACGAGCUCAGGGGGAUGCACUACCUGCACGCGGCGAUCACCGAGGCGAUGCGGCUGUACCCGCCAGUGCCCAUCCUAAAAUGCAAUACCUUGCGUAAGAGCGCCCGCGGAGCUUAUUCCUCUCGUCUGGUUGGUGGCGGCCGCUGGGGGUCCCGAACGGACGGUACGCUCCUGUGCGCGCCGGCAUGGUUUUUCUCGGUGCCCAUGCGCGGGUGGCGGGCGCGGGAGCGAUGCCGGACGGCUGCAUGCCGGUGGUUCUCGACGACUGCUGGCGACGCUAUGGGGGAGAUGCCACGGCUGUGGGCGGCGGUUCCGCCCCGAGCGGUGGCUCGACGGCGGCGGCGAGUUUGUGGCGGUGGACGCGGCAAGGUACCCGGUUUUCCACGCCGGCCCGCGGGCGUGCCUCGGGAAGGAGAUGUCGUACGUGCAGAUGAAGGCCGUUGUGGCCGCCGUGGUCAGGAGGUUCUCCGUCGAGCCGGUGCGGGCGGCGAGCAUGGAGGCGCCUCCGCCGUACGAGAUGGCGGUGACGCUGAGGAUGAGAGGCGGGCUGCCUGUGCGGAUAAGGAGGCGGGAGAGCGACUUGGGCCGGCACUGAUCAUGACAGGAAGCCCAAUCAAUAGAGGCACUCUAGCAGCUAGUACUUCAGUUGGGCCAUCAGUGUCAGGACUCAGGGGGCCAGAGUAG